AUGGAUCUUAAUUUCACCGAUUUCCUCCGGAGACCCUCUGUUACAGAGACAUUCGUCGACAUCUUGCUAUGCGCAGUUCCGAUUUGGCUCGCCGUCAUGAUCGGGCUUCUAAUCGGUUGGUCCUGGCGUCCUAGGUGGACCGGAUUGAUUUAUCUAGGGUUCCGUUCUAAGCUCCGGUUCCUCUGGACUGCGCCGCCCGGAUUCGGCGCUCGUCGUCUCUGGCUCGCUUUCACCGCUCUCUCCGCUUUCUCAGUCUGCCGCACUCUAUGGUCAACUCUCGCCGCCAAGAAAUCAGCGACUCCGGUCGAAGAGACUCCUCCGGAUGGUGAAGCAGAAGCUUUUUCACGAGAGAAAGAGAUGGAUGUAGUGACAGAGAAGGAUUUAGAGCAUUUGCUGUAUCUGCUUGAAGCUGGGAAUGCAAAUAUGGAGUGGCAAUCUAUGAUGGAUAAGUCUACUCCUAAUAUGAGCUACAAAGCUUGGCGUCAUGAGCCUGAGACAGGUCCUGUUGUGUACCGGAGUCGAACUGUUUUCGAGGAUGCAAGUCCAGAGAUUGUGAGGGAUUUCUUCUGGGACGAUGAGUUUAGACCUAAAUGGGAUCCUAUGCUUGCCUACUUCAAGACCUUGGAGGAAGAUACUCAUACAGGAACAACGAUUGUUCACUGGAUCAAAAAGUUUCCGUUUUUCUGUAGCGACAGGGAAUACAUCAUUGGGAGGAGGAUAUGGGAAUCUGGAAAGAAGUAUUAUGCUGUGACAAAGGGAGUACCGUAUGGAGCUCUACCAAAGCGUGAUAAGCCGAGGAGAGUGGAGGUUUAUUUCUCGAGUUGGAUUAUCAAAGCGGUUGAAUCUCGGAAAGGGGAUGGACAGUUGUCAGCUUGUGAGGUCUCUCUUGUCCACUGCGAAGACAUGGGGAUACCAAAAGACGUGGCAAAGCUAGGAGUGCGUCAUGGCAUGUGGGGAGCGGUCAAGAAGCUAAACUCAGGGUUGAGAGCUUACCAAACGGCUAGGAAACAAGGGGCUGCUCUGUCACGGAGCGCUCAGAUGGCGAGGAUCGUCACGAAGCUGAACAUGGAUUUGGUGGAGACGUCGUCGAGAGUGGAGGAAGAAGAGAAGAGAGGAGGAGGUGUGGAGAAGAAUGCAAGGGGGCAGAAGGAGCAGUUUGGUGUGGAUUGGAAAUGGAUCGUUGUAGGAGGAGUGGCUUUGGCUUGUGGGCUUCAUUCAAGUGCUAUUGGUAAGGCGUUGAUGGUUGGAGCUGGACAGAGACUUGCUCGUAGGUGA